AUGUCGACUUCAGGGAAAGACGAAAGCUCAUCGUCAGGGACUCAUCCUCGUAGCCACAUCCCCGACUGGAAAUGGAAGGGAACUCUUGCAGUCCUCAUUCUGACAACCCUAAUUAAUGGCUAUGAUGUGAGCAACGUGGCCAAUAUCCAGCCUUCCCUUUACAAGGCCUUCGGCAACAUUACGCUUCUACCAUGGAUCGGCCUGUCCUACAGCCUCGCCGUGUUUGCUGUCCUAUCCUUAUCCCGGAAGAUCUUGUAUUGCUUCGACAUGAAAUGGAUCUAUCUCGUUAACAUUGUGAUAUUUACGGCUGGUGCUGCGGUGGCUGGUGCUGCCCCAAAUCUCCCUGCGGUCAUUGUUGGACGGAUCAUUAUGGGUGUCGGUGGUGCCGUUGUUUACCAAAGCAACUUGACAUUUGUGGCUGUCUUCGCCACGCCCACAGAGACGCCUCGUCUAUUCGGCCUUCUGAGCGCAAUAUGGGCCGUGGGUCUUGUCAUUGGAGGUCCUAUUGGGUCUGCUCUCGCCUCGAACAGACACACCACCUGGCGGUGGGCUUUCUACAUGAACCUACCCUGGGUGGGUCUCAGUCUUGUGGGCGCCAUUAUCUGCCUUCCUCGAAAAUACCUAGGGCCAGACAUUCCCUUGGUCUCCCGAUUGAAGGCGAUUGAUCCCAUUGGCAUUGCGUUCAAUAUGGCGGCCCCAGUACUAUUCGCCCUCGCAUUGGAGUUCUCCGGUCCUGUGUGGGACUGGGGCUCUGGUGCAUCUAUCGCGAUCUGGGUUGUUUUCGGCGUGGUCCUGAUUGGAUGGAUCGUCCAACAAUACUGGUGCAUUGGCACGACUGCUGAAGAACGCGCCAUCCCCCUUCACUUGCUCAGCCGGGUUGAUCUACUUCCGCUUUGGAUCGCGUCCGGCUGUGCGGGCGCAUCAUACGCCGUCACACUCUACUACACGCCGCUUUUCUUCGCGUUUGCUCGCGGCCACAGCGCUAUGGAGCAAAGUGUGCGUCUUCUUCCUUUCGUUCUGGUUUUUAUUGCCGUGGUCUUCCUUGUCGGCGGGUUGCUCCCGGUCUUUGGCCGCUAUAACCUAAUCUAUAUCGCUGCGGGUCUUGCAACUGUCGCAGGAGCCGGCGCUAUGGCCGGCACACUGAGUCCCCGUGUGUCCGAAUCCCAAGUGUUAGGCCUGGAAGCUCUAAUUGGCGUUGGUCUUGGCUGUUCGUUCCAGCAUGGGGUGGGUGUUGCGAAUGUGAUAAAUAAGAACCAACGCGACCGCGUCGAUAGCGCGGUCAUGUUCAACAUGGCGCAGAUGGGCGGUAUCGCAAUUGCUCUAGCCGUUGCUGGCUCGAUUUUCCAAAAUGUGGGGUAUAACCUGUUGACGGCGGCCAUCGGCGAUAACGGGUACUCGGAAAGAGACCUGCGUGAGGCACUUGCUGGGGUAUCGUCAGCAGUGUGGCAGUCCGCCAAUCCUGAAGUUGUUUCUCGUGGGAUUGAUGCCGUAGCUACGGUGAUUGGGCGGGAGUUUUAUUUAGUGGUGGCCGGUGGCGCUAUCUGUCUUAUCUGCGGGCUGGCAAUGAGAUGGGAGCGAUUGGACUAUGGCAGGAACAAGAGCAAGGAUGUCGAGACAUAA